AUCCACAUGCACCCGUGAGCCCUUUGGAGUGUCCGACAUCCAGGAAGCGAGCAAGAAUAAAACACGGUUGAGUCUUAACAGUAGUGGUUUUUGUUUUUAAGGGUGACUGCUGCUUGCUUCCUGAGAAGGUUCCUCCUUCCCUUCCUUCUUCUUUAAAUCUAGAGAAGGCUUCCUUCCCCUCCUUUCGUUCCACGAGUCGCCCGGGGAAGUUUCCCUUCACCUCGGAGGCCAGCCCUUCCUCUCAGCCUCGUGCUUGUGAGAGGCCCAGCAGCGCCCACUUGGCCGCCCCGGAGCCACUUCCUUCGCCGGAGAGGAGCUGGCGGGAGCUGAGCAGAGGCGGGCUCGCCCCACGGGUUGCCUGCUUGCCUUGCCUGCGUGAGUCACCCGUGUAGUCCCUGCGCGCGCUUCCUUGACCCUUCUCGCCUCGCCUGGACGCCGGGCAGGCCAAGGAAAGCAGCCAAGAUGGAGGAAACAUGUGAAGAUAUAGAUCAGAUGUUCAGCGAUUUAUUGGGAGAAAUGGAUUUGCUGACACAGAGUUUGGGAGUAGAAACACUCCCACCUCCAUCCAGCAAAGCAGCCAAUGAGGAAUUUAGUUUUGCAGUUGGUUUUAAAGAUUUAAAUGAAUCCUUAAACGCAUUGGAAGAUACCGAUUUGGAUGCUUUAAUGUCUGAUCUUGUAGCAGACAUAAGUGAAGUGGAGAAAGCCACAUUCCAAGAACAGAAAGAUGCAUCUCAUUUCCAACAUGCUGCCAAGACUCAGGCUCCAGCAAAUGCUUCUGUCGCCACUUAUGCCCAGUCAAGUUUCCCAAAUAUUGCCGUUACCCAGGUUGAGGAUGAUUUGCCGCCACCUCCCCCCGAACUAGCCUUUGGUUUUCCUCCUCCUCCACCACCUGCUCCAACCCAGCCUCCUGAACCACGCACUCAGGAAGAACAAGAGGCGCAAGCAAAAGCGGACAAGAUUAAGCUUGCAUUAGAAAAACUGAAGGAAGCCAAAGUUAAAAAGCUUGUUGUCAAGGUGCACAUGAAUGAUAACAGUACGAAAUCCCUGAUGGUGGAUGAACGGCAAGAGGCACGUGAUGUAUUGGACAAUCUCUUUGAAAAAACCCACUGCGACUGUAAUGUGGACUGGUGCCUUUAUGAAAUAUACCCAGAGCUACAAAUAGAAAGAUUUUUUGAAGACCAUGAAAAUGUGAUUGAAGUCUUAUCACAUUGGACCCGGGACACUGAGAAUAAGAUUCUGUUUUUGGAAAAAAAGGAAAAAUACGCUGUGUUUAAAAACCCACAGAAUUUCUACUUGACCAAUAAAGGGAAAAAUGAAAGCAAGGAAAUGAAUGAAAAAAGCAAAGAGGCUUUACUGGAGGAAAGCUUCUGUGGCACAUCUGUCAUUGUACCAGAAGUUGAAGGGGCCCUUUAUUUAAAAGAAGACGGGAAGAAGUCUUGGAAGAGACGUUAUUUUCUCCUGCGAGCUUCUGGAAUUUAUUACGUACCCAAAGGAAAGACCAAGACAUCUCGGGAUUUGGCUUGCUUCAUACAGUUUGAGAACGUAAAUGUUUAUUACGGUGUUCAGUACAAAGCAAAGUAUAAGGCACCUACAGACCACUGUUUUGUCUUAAAGCAUCCCCAGAUACAGAAGGAGUCUCAGUAUAUCAGAUAUUUGUGCUGUGAUGACCGGCAGUCUCUACAUCAGUGGGUAACUGGCAUAAGAAUUGCAAAGUAUGGAAAGACGUUGUAUGAUAACUACACCCGCGCAGUGCAGAAGGCUGGCUUAGCUUCUCGACUGACCAAGCUAGGGGAUGUUCAAUCUUCCACUGCUGCAAUAUCAGCUUCAAAAGGUAGUACUCAUGCCAAUGGACAGGUCCCCCAAAGCACGACCCUCGCUGCUGCAAAUUCUUCAGAACCUGAGAAACCUGCUGAGAUGCCAAAGGUUACGAAACCAGACAGCACCACUGACACCAGGCGAGCGCCACCAUCUCCCAUGCCACAACCGAAACACCUCCGUAAACCUGGUGGGCUACACCCACCACCCCCUCCUCAAAGAAGAUCUUCUGCUUUUACUGGUUCGUUGAACCUGCACCAAAAUAUGGAGAGAAGAAACACAAUUGCCACAUCAGAUCCAGAUGAAUUUCCACCACCCCCUGAAUCAAUACUGCUUCCCACUGCGUUGGAGGACUUGCCGCCACCGCCGCCACCGCCUGAAUACUAUGAAGAUCCUCCUGAUUUCAUUCCAGCCCCACCACCUGCCUUUGCUGUGGGCGCUGGCACUCCAGAACUGCCGCCGCCACCUCCUGCAGUCUCUGCCCCCACGAUGCCUCCGCCUAUCAGAAAGAAACCUCCACCUCCUCCUAAAAGACAGGAACAAAGUACUGGGCAGGCAGGAGGGCCUAGGCAAAGUGGGCUUCCUCCAAGGGGAGAUGCAGGUGAACAAGGAGGAGACUUAAUGUCCGAUUUAAUGAAAGCACUGCAAAAGAAGAGGGGUGAGACAUCAUGAAACAAGCAGUUUAAAUGAAGAUUAGUGUGCGGUUUUAGUUGGAUCAGGGAGAGGGUGGCCCAGAUAAAUUGUCUACAGCUCUUCCUGGUGGUCCAAAGGAAUAUGUGCUAGAGAAAGGCAUCCCAACAUAUCCCAAAGCAAUGCAUUUCCCCCCUACCCACCCCUGCAACUUGUUCCGAAAUGGUGGCUUCCCAUGUUCCUGGUUUGAGGCUGAAGACAACUAGAAGCAUGGGAAGUGUCCCAAGGGAGAGGCAGAUUCCCAAGGAGAUUUUGAUCUAGCAAAAAAGAGGAAAGAACCUUACAGCAAAUUAAAGGCUGACUAAUAUUAAUCAAUUGAAGGUUUAAUAGGCUAUUUAAUUGGAUUUUCCCUGGGCAUGUGUUCAUGUAGAUUGCACAAUCUGUUCUUACCCUGUAAAUGUAUGGCAAAUGUAUGGGCAGGCAUGACCUGAUUUGCAAAAAUAAGGAGACUGAAAACAGUACUACAACAGUUGCAGUGACAGCUGUCUCAACAAUUCCAC